AUGAAACUUAGAAAGUCGCUGGAGUACAACGAUUGUACUCUUCGAACUCAUUGCACUAUCCAAUGGGUUCAUAGAGAAGCUGGCCACAGAUAUCCCUCUGAUGUUUCUGUACUUGCUGGCUCUUUGAUUGGUGUUGCUAUGAUAUCAAAGAAACCGAUAAACUUUUACUUCUUUGAGCUCAUCAUGAGAUCCGAGAAACAACAAGGCUUGACUUUGGAACACCAGCUCAUUGCUCUUCUUGAGCCGGGAGUUCACUGUGAGAUUGAUUCGAAUCCUUUGCGGUUUUCUCAACUCGAGAAACCUUUAGAAAGCUGGAAAGAGGCAUUGUUGCAUACUAUCGAUCUCUUGAAUCUAGCACCUGCCAUCCUUCUUUGUGUUAGUGAUGAUCCUGAAUAUAUGGACUAUGGAAAAGCGAAAGCAAUGUGUAGUAAUAUCUUAGCUGCUUCAAAGGUUAGAAAGUACUUGGCAGGCAAAAAUGGAGUUAUCUUCAAGACACUGUUCACCGCAGCUGACGCCUCUAUGACAAUAGAUGACAGACCAAAAGCAGACGAGACCGUGUUCAAUAAUGAGCUAAGACAUCAAAACUGUGAGAAGCCUAGGUCAAGACAUAAGUCGUUCUUGCGCUGA